GUUAUUAUUAUUAUUUCUUUUUUGUUUUGGGUUAUACAUCUUUUUUUUUCUUUCUUUCUUUUUUUUUCUUAUACAGUAGAAGAGACGGGGAAUCAUGUCAUCAUCAACCACAAUAGAUGAUCUGACCGAUUUAUCAACCAAAGAAAUCAAUGAAGAAAUCAUCAUCAAUACACUUCGAUCUAGGUUCUUACAAGACAAUAUCUUUACCAAAUGUGCUCAUCCUAUUCUUCUUGCCAUUAAUCCAUAUAAAGACAACCGUGAUACAAUAGAUGAAACUAGUGAUCAUUAUUUCAUGGAAUAUAAAAAAAAUAUAGUAUCUGAUGUUGCUUUACCACCACAUGUUUUUCAACAUCUUAAUUUGGCUUACUUUUAUAUGCGACGAACUGGACAAGAUCAAUCCAUCAUUUUAAGUGGACCAAGUGGAAGUGGGAAAACGGAAAUGCAUUAUUGGAUACUUCAUCAUUUGUUUACACUUUGUACGCACAACAAUCCUAACCAAAAGACAAAGAAAAAAAAACUUCAUCAAUGGAUCGACAACGCACACCCACUUAUUGAAGCUUUUACACAUACACAGUCAUUACUAGGCAAUCAUGUUUCUAAAUUGGCAAAAGUCACCAGUUAUCAAUUCAAUGAUCGUGGAAGGAUGAUUGGUGCAAAAUGGACAAGUUGUCUUUUAGAUACAUCAUCCUCCUUAUUAACAAAAUCAUCUUUAUCAACUAAUACUAAUAAUAAUAAUGAAGACAAAACAUUCCAUAUGUUUUAUUAUUUAUUAUAUGGUGCCAGUCAAGAGGAAAAAACAGAUUUACAUUUGGAUGAUCCCAUCAUCCAUCAUGGUGGUGGCUUUUUAUUUCAUCAUCAUCAGCAACAACACGAUAAACCAACUACAUCCAUGAUGGAGCAUUAUACAACCUGUUAUCGUCGUACUCGAAAAUAUGCUAUCUCCAUCGGUAUCUCUAAACAAAAGUGGAGGCAAUUAAUGCGUAUCUUGGCCGCUAUUAUACACUUGGGACAUGUUCAAUUUACCACUAAUCCUGAUGUAGCAGCCACCAUCGACAAUACAUCAUCUACUGAGACCACAUCAGCCGCUCAAGUCAAAUCAGGUACAACGUUAGAAAUAGCAGCCGAUCUAUUAGGGGUUGAUCCUAGAAAUCUGGAAAAUCUGUUGAUUUAUAAAACUCGACUUGUUCAUCAUGAUUUGACCACGCAUGUAUUGAAUCCUUCUCAGGCCUAUCUACAACGAGAUACCCUUUGCCAGACACUUUAUACACAAAUCAUCACUUGGUUGAUUUAUCAAAUCAAUUCUCGUCUUGAAAUGACGGAUGAUAAGGAAUCCAUCUUUUCUACUCUUCAUGUGGUUGAUUUCCCUGGUCUCUCAUCUACGGAUGGUUCCAAGAAAAAUAAUAACAGUGUAUUAAGUCGUCAUCAUCCUAUUGAUUCUUUUGAUGAUUUUUGUCUUACUUAUGCCAAUGAAUGUUUACAAGAUAUGAUGCUUCAACAAGUAUUUGAAAACCCAUCCACAUUACCACCUAGUUCCAUGUACAUGUCUUUAUUCAAGGAUCCUCUCUUUGUUAAAGUUUGGCAAGACAUUCUACCAUCCACUGAAAAACCUGAUCAUUUACUGUCCGAUUGUCUGACGCGAGUGAUGAAUAAAUUACAACCAACACAACAGCAAGUGUGUAUGAUCAAGAAACAACAAUCCACACCGUAUCAUACGAAUGAUACUGUCAUCCAUGUUUCCAAAUACACAGGUGCGGUUGGACAUUACUCUUUGGUGGCCUUGGGUGAUCGUCUGACCACACAAUCUUAUUCUGAUUUGGCAGCAUUAUUAAAUCCUAAUCAAAGUACACUUGAUUUAGCUCAUGAUUUAUUUACAUCCUCGUAUCAACAACCUGUUUCUCAACGUGAUCCAUGUGCUGCCAUUCAAACCAUCCUCACCUCCUUAUUAUUACCUUCCAAUCGAUGGUGGAUUUUAAAUGUACGUCCUAACAAUUUAACUUUACCCCAUUCAUUUGAUGCCAAAAUGGUGAGUCAUCAAAUCAGUCAAUGGUAUUUACCUGACAUGGUGCGACAAUUACAGUUACCUUCUUAUACAGCCAUGACCUUGGACGAGUGUGCUCAGCGUUAUGCCGUUGUUUUGGAGGAUGAUAUUGUAGAUGAUGAUGAUAAUAAUAACCAAGCAAACAAAGAUGCCUUGACCUUAUGCCAAUCUAUGAGAGAUGCUUUUGCUUGGGAUCAACGUGCUUUUAUGAUGAUGGAUGAGUCGGUCUAUCUAUCUCAUUCUACUUGGUAUGCUUUGGAAUCCUUGUUACGCAAUCUUGAAAAAAAGGAACAAAAGCGGUUGAAAUCCAUUGCCAAAGGUGUUCCUUUUGAAGAUGACUUUACGCCCUCAUGUUCUCGUACACCAUCCUGUUAUGACAUGUCUGUGUCAGGAUCAGUUGCAAGUUGUUACGAUGGACCACGACGUUGUUAUCCAGCAGAUACAGACUCUAUGUGUGAUUCAUAUCUUUGUAGUGAUGGACGACAACACGAUCAUCUUGAUACGGAAAGUGCUUAUACUGUAACAAGACAAGAUCCUACUAUAGACAAUCUAUCAACUACUCAAGACGGUGACGAUGAUGGAGCUUGUGACAAGAAAAAACAACAGAGAAAAGAGCAGAAACAACAAAAGCGUUCAUGUGAAUGGAUGUCCAGGUUAUUUGGUGGAGUGAGUCGAUCGCGUGGUAUUUGGGUAUGUCUGACAUGGUUAACGACUUGGUGGCUUCCUAGUUUAGUGCUUCGUUACAUUGGUGGAAUGCGACGAUCCGAUAUCCGAAUGGCCUGGCGUGAAAAGGUGACAUUAUGUUUCAUGAUCUUUCUGUUAUGCGCGGCGAUGGUAUGGUUUAUUGCUUUUUUUGGUCAAUUGGUAUGUCCUCAUCAAGAUCUAUUUACACAGUCUGAACUACAAUCAAAAAGUGACAAGGACAAUGCGUAUAUCUCUAUUCGUGGUGAAGUAUUUGAUCUCACAUCAUUUGCUCCACGACAUUGGGCGACUGAAGUGAUUCCUGCUUCUUCUCUAUUCCAAUAUGCCGGUCAAGAUGCUAGUGAUCUUUUCCCCGUACAAGUAUCCGCAUUAUGUGAAGGCAUCCAUCCAAAUCAACCGAUUCCUAAAGAAGUUACUCUUGCUGCUCAUGUCAAUAUCACUGAUACAACUUCAAGUUUCCAUGACUUUCGAUGGUUCAAGUCUGAUUAUCGUCCCGAUUGGUAUUUUGAACAAAUGGUUUAUCUACGUAGAAAUUAUAGACUAGGUUUUAUGGGUUAUGAUCCUGUGGAUAUUCAAAACCAAGCUUCCAUGCCUGUUCAAAUCGGUGGUAUCAAUACACAACGACAAUGGGCGAUUCUACAUGACCAUGUUUAUGAUUUGACUUCAUAUAUGAAAGGGGGUCUUUCACUUCAAUAUCCUCCUGGUAUGACGCCAUCCAUGGAUUCAACAACAACAACAACAACGACAAUGAAUAUGACACUGAAUGGAGACAACAGUACCAGCAACAACACAUCUUUUGGAAACAAUACACAUCAUGCGACCAACAUGGACUUUAUUGAUAACAGUAUUACUGAACUAUUUCGACAAUUAGCUGGAACUGAUAUUUCGGCUCAUUUUGAUGCUUUACCUAUGGAUGCUGGACUCAGGGCUCGACAAUUGACAUGUCUUCGGAAUCUCUUCUUUGUUGGCAAGGUCGAUACUCGGAAUUCAUUACAAUGUCAGUUAUCGGAAUAUCUUUUACUGUUGAUUACAGCAUUCCUCUGUAGUGUGAUCUUAUUCAAGUUUUUAGCCGCCUUUCGUUUGGGAUCUUAUACAUCACUUCCUUCCUCUGAGAAACGUAAAAAUGGAACAGAAGAAGGGCAAGCAUCUAGUUAUCAUCAUGAUAAAUUCAUUAUUUGUCAAGUACCUUGUUAUACCGAAGGGGAAGAAUCGUUACGCAAAACUAUUGAUUCUUUGGCAGCUAUGAAAUACGACGAUCAACGCAAACUCUUAUUUUUGAUUGCUGAUGGGAUGAUUGUAGGUAGUGGCAACGAUCGAUCGACACCAAGGAUUGUACUAGAUAUUCUCGGUGUGGACCCUGAAGAAGAUAAUGAUCGUGAACCAAUGGACUUUAUCUCACUAGGCGAAGGACAACGACAACACAAUCGAGCCAAGGUGUAUUCAGGACUUUAUCAUUGUCAAGGGCAUGUGGUUCCAUAUUUGGUGGUAGUCAAGGUUGGCACGGCAGAUGAACGACAAAAAUCCGGCAAUAGGGGAAAACGAGAUUCACAAAUGAUUCUGAUGCGAUUCCUGAACAAGAUCCAUUACGAUUUACCGAUGACACCAUUGGAAUUGGAAAUGCAUCAUCAACUCAAGAAUGUGAUUGGGGUCCUUCCUUCAUUUUAUGAAUUGGUACUGAUGGUGGAUGCUGAUACGGAGGUGGCACCGGAUGCGUUGAAUCAUAUGGUAUCUUCUUUUGUUAAGGAUGCCAAGCUAGUUGGACUAUGUGGUGAAACAGUGUUGUCGAAUGAAAAAGAAUCAUGGGUGACAAUGAUUCAAGUGUAUGAAUAUUAUAUCUCUCAUCAUCUGGCCAAGGCGUUUGAAUCCAUGUUUGGUUCAGUGACAUGUCUUCCUGGUUGUUUUUGUAUGUAUCGAGUGCGUGCGGCGACCAAGAAUCAACCUCUCCUAGCGUCUCAUCAAGUGAUUGCGGACUAUGCAGAAAACAAUGUCAACACCUUACACAAGAAGAACUUACUCCAUCUUGGUGAAGAUCGAUACCUGACCACGCUUAUUCUCAAGCACUUUCCUACUUACAAGACCAAAUUCAACCCAGAAGCAAGUUGUCGUACGAAUGCACCUGAUAGUUGGCCUGUACUACUCUCACAACGUCGACGAUGGAUUAACUCUACUAUUCAUAACCUUGGUGAAUUGAUGUUCCUUCCUGAACUGUGUGGAUUUUGUUGUUUCUCGAUGCGAUUUGUGGUCAUGUUGGAUUUAUUAAGUACAUUGGUGAUGCCAGCUGUGGUAUGUUAUUUGGGCUAUUUGGUCUAUCAAUUAUGUACAAGUACAAGUCAAGUACCAAUGAUGUCGAUCAUUACAUUGGCAGGUGUCUAUGGACUUCAAGCAAUCAUAUUUAUCACGCGACGAAAAUGGGAACAUGUUGGAUGGAUGAUUGUGUAUAUUUUGGCCAUCCCUGUGUUUUCGUUUUUUAUUCCCAUUUAUGCAUUUUGGCACUUUGAUGAUUUCUCCUGGGGUAACACACGGAUUGUGGUGGGUGAUGACAAGAACAAGAAGAAAACAAAAACCAACAAACAUCAAGAUAAUAUAUUUGAUCCUACCAGUAUUCCUGUUCAACGAUGGGCUGAUCAUGAACAACAAUUAUUACAUCAACAAUGGCUAGAUGAUGUGCGCACUGUAGAUGAUAAACACUCUUAUGUACAAGAAAAAGAAGGAAAGGUACUUAGUGAUACUGCGAUCAUUCAAGAAAUCGAAACUUUAUUACAACAACAUGAUUUGAUGCAUUUGACCAAGAAACAAGUCAGAGAUGCUCUUUCUAAAACCUUUGGAGUGGAUAUGACAAGUUAUCGAGACUUUAUCAAUAAUGUCAUUGAAGAUUUAUUGGCCGAACAAUGAUAUAUAUAUAUAUAUAUUUACUUAAAUUGUAUCAGUAUAGUGUAG